AUGAGGCGAAAUGAGGAGAAUUCAGGACCCGAAAUGAACAAGCGUUGCGAAGGAGGAGACUGCUCGCAACCAGCUGUUUCCAUUAAAUGGAUCACAUCCACGUGUACCGAAACGGAUCAUGCCACGUCUACUUGCACCAAAACAAAUUAUGUCACAUCUACUUGUACCGAAACGGAUCAUACAACCUCUACUUGCACCGAAACCUCUACUUGCACCGAAACCUCUACUUGCACAAAAACCACUACUUGCACAGAAACCUCUACUUGCACCAAAACGAGUUAUGUCACCUCUACUUGUACCAAAACGAAUUAUACAACUUCUACCUGCACCAAAACAGAGGCGACUUCUACCUGCACCGGGGCAUCUGGAACGGUUAUUCCUACAUCCACCUGUGUUGCCACGCCCACUUACACCCCCAACACAUCACCAGAGUGUCAUUCUCAGGGUGGCUUCUAA